CUCCAGUCAGCCACAUUAUGAAUAGCUGCAGCCCAGAAGCGCUUGUUCAGAAAUCCCAGGAAGCCAGAAAUCUGGCGUACUGUCCCUACAGCAAGUUCAGAGUUGGAGCAGCUGUCUUAACAAGCGAUGGAACCGUUUUCACAGGUUGUAAUGUAGAGAAUGCAUGUUACACUGCUGGACUGUGUGCUGAGAGGACUGCUAUCUCUAAAGCUGUGUCUGAGGGACAUACCAGCUUCAAAGCCAUCGCAAUAGCCAGUGACCUUGAAGAUCGCUUUAUUUCUCCAUGUGGAGCCUGUAGGCAGUUCAUGAGAGAGUUUGGCUCACAGUGGGACGUUUAUCUGUCAAAAACUGAUGGAUCUUAUAAACUGAUGACAAUAGAGGAGCUCCUGCCGUGUUCAUUUGGCCCUGAUGACCUGAGGGCAAGAGAAGACCAUUAGAGCAAGCUGUGUUACAAAGCAAAUGUGCAGGACAAAUUUUAAAUGUAUUGACUGGAUGUAUGGUUAUAUUAUUUUUCAAUGGAAAAAUAUAAAUGUGUAAACUAAUAAAUAAUAAGCCUAUUCUGAA